AUGGGACCUUUCUAUCUCCUCACAGCUGUGGUUCUGUGCAUUUGCUGUCACUUUCAGUUCGCAUUAGCUUGGACGGUGAAUAAUUUCCUCAUGACUGGACCAAAGGCUUUUCUGACCUACGCCAGAAGUGUGCAGGUGGGUGCGCAGAGUGGAAUACAAGAGUGCAAACACCAGUUCGCCUUGGAGAGGUGGAACUGCCCAGAAAGCACGCUCCAAUUAUCCACACUCAACGGCCUCAGAAGUGCCACAAGGGAGACGUCUUUUGUCCAUGCCAUCAGCUCGGCCGGAGUGAUGUACACACUCACCAAGAACUGCAGCAUGGGGGAUUUUGACAACUGUGGCUGCGAUGACUCCAGAAUUGGACAGACAGGAGGAAGAGGGUGGAUUUGGGGAGGCUGCAGUGAUAACGCAGCGUUUGGAGAGAAGAUCUCCAAACAGUUCGUGGACGCGCUGGAAGACGGGCAUGACUCGCGGGCAGCAGUCAACCUGCAUAACAACGAGGCAGGCAGACUGGCGGUCAAAAGCACAAUGAGAAGAGCCUGUAAGUGCCACGGUGUGUCCGGGAGCUGCAGCAUCCAGACCUGCUGGAUGCAGCUGGCCGACUUCAGAGAGGUGGGGAACUAUCUGAAGAUGAAGCACGAGAACGCAAAGAAACUGGAGAUGGACAAGAAGCCCGCGAGGGCCGGCAACAGCGCGGACAACCGGGGAGCCAUCACGCACGGUUUCCGCGGAAUCCCACGCACGGAGCUCAUCUACCAGGAGGAUUCCCCGGACUACUGCGUCAAGAACAGGAGCAUGGGCUUCCAGGGCACCGAGGGCCGGGAGUGUCUGAAGGGUAACAAGAACAUGUCCCAGUGGGAGAGGAAGAGCUGCCGCCGGCUCUGCUACAAAUGCGGCCUGCGGGUGGUGGAGAAGCGCAUCGAGGUCGUCAGCAGCUGCAACUGCAAGUUCCACUGGUGCUGCACGGUGAGGUGCGAGAAAUGCACGCAAACUGUCACCAAAUAUUACUGUGCGCGUAAAGAAAGCGGGAGGAAACCCCACAAUAACACAAGGCGCAGGGACCGUGGGCGCAGGCAGUGA